AUGCGAAACCCGUGUCAUGGCGUACGAGCUUACACCACGGCUGUGUUGUCGUCGUCCCCGUCGCCGAUAGUGCGCUUCAAUAGGGCAACGUUCUACAGACAGUAUCCAUCUACCGCUCAGGACGAAGCAUCCACGAAUCCGCCCAUCUUCCCAGCAUUGAGCUUUGAGUUACCUUCGAAGACGUCUGAACAGCAGCAUUGGGCCAUCAUAGGCCCUUCCAACACCGGCAAGACCACGCUCUUUGAAUUGCUUCGCGGACAGCACAUCUGCAUCCCUCCAACUGCGCGCUCUUUCCCAUUUCUUUCCUCGAAUGGCAUAGAUCAGCAUCACAGAAAUCCGGCUAGAGCCAUACAAUAUGUUGGCUUCGCCGGAGAGAGAGGCGGAGUGGGAAACCUGGGCACACGAGGCGCCUAUUUGAGCGCGCGAUAUGAAAGCAGGCGAGAAGAGACCGAUUUCUCCGUGCUCGACUUCCUGAGAGGCAAAAUCGAACUGAAUCCAGCGGAAGAUCUAGAUGGACACAAUCCACAUCAAGCCUUUGGAAAGGUCGUCAAAGACCUCAACCUGGAGGCGUUGCUUGCGAUGCCAAUGGGCAACCUCAGCAACGGACAAAUUAGGAGGGCACGGAUUGCGCGAGCCUUGUUGGGACGACCUUUACUUUUGCUCUUGGAUGAGCCGUUUAUGGGUCUAGAUCCACCAACGGUGACCCACUUGUCACACCUUUUGCAGACGAUAGCAGAAGCAAAUGCACCUCGUGUGAUGUUGUCAAUUCGACCUCAAGAUCCCCUACCAAUCUGGAUUACGCACAUCCUGCGACUUGGACCAGCGUUGCGAGUCGGACAUACAGGUAAACCGCUGACUACGAGUGCCAAAGAAUUUAAUGGAGCUAACAGAAAUGAAUCUUUGAAUGGGGAAGGCUCUGUAUCUCUCUCCGCGGGCGAAAGACUUGACAUCAAGCUAGAUCCAAGGGAACGUCUCGUAGCUAUGAAUGGCGUGCAGGUCGCCUACGGUGGUAGAACAAUACUAGGCGAUUGGCAGCAGCAGCAUCCAGAAACUUUGCCUACUAGCACCCCACGCGGUCUCUGGUGGAACGUUCGUCGAGGCGAUCGUUGGGGAAUAUUCGGUCCCAACGGAUCCGGCAAGACUACUCUAAUCUCCUUGAUCUGUUCAGAUCACCCUCAAGCCUACUCACAGCCAAUUGAGAUUUUUGGCAGAAGUCGUUUGCCCUGUCUAGGUGCACCUGGUAUCUCCCUGUUUGACGUCCAAGCAAGGAUUGGCCAGUCCUCGCCAGAGAUCCACGCAUUCUUCCCGAAGAGUUUGACCAUCCGAAAAACGCUAGAGAAUGCUUGGGCUGACACUUUUCUUGGUACAGCAAAGAUAUCUAGCCUUGAACGUGAAAGGGUGACUGCCUGCUUACGUUGGUUUGAGAAGGAGCUGAACCUUACCCCAAUCUCGUUGUCGACCAACUCAUUACCUGAUGAAAAAGAGCUCCCCCAGUCUUCGAGAUCACGCGACGGCGAGCCAUACUGGGCUGACCAAACCACGUUUGGACAACUUCCUUUCUCUGCCCAGAGGGUUGCACUAUUUCUGCGCGCCGUUGUUAAGAAGCCAGAUCUGGUGGUUUUGGACGAGGCUUUUAGUGGGAUGGACGAGUCCAUCCGAGACAAAUGUAUGCUAUUCUUGACAUGGGGGACGACUCGCGAAUUCAGACCCACGAAUUCUAAGCAUUCGAAUAGAAAUGUGGCCGUCAAGGCGGAUGACCAAACGAAUGCUCAGUCAAUAUCUGGGCUCAGUCACAAACAAGCUUUGAUAUGUGUAAGCCAUGUGAAGGAAGAAGUUCCUGAAAUUGUAAGUCAAUGGUUGAGGCUUCCCGAACCAUCAUCUGGGGAGCCUCCUCGGUUUGGCCAGGUGGCGAAGUCCUUGAGAAAUGACGAAAGGCUUUGGACGACAAUAUGGGAAGGAUGA